CAUUUGUGACAGACGGACUAUCUCAACAAAAAUACUAAAGCUAUUAGGAUAAGGAUUAUCUUUGUACAUAUAUAUCCACAUAAGCCUUUUGUAAAUCCUCCAAAUCCUCAAGUCUUAACGCAAAGCAAACCCUAACGCUUCAGAUUUACUAUUGAAAAUCUUGGGUACAAAAAUGGCCACCAGUGAACUUGCCUGCACUUACGCCGCUUUGAUCCUCCACGACGAUAGAAUCCCAAUCACGGCGGAGAAGAUUGUGACUUUGGUAAAAACAGCGAAGGUGCCCGUCGAAUCUUACUGGCCAAGUCUUUUCACCAAGCUUCUUGCAAAGAGGAAUAUCGAUGAUAUCAUCAUGAAUGUUGGUUCCGGUGGUGAUGGUACCCCUGUUGCUGCUGCUGCUUCCGUUGGUACUGGUGCUGGUGCUGCUGCCGCCUCAACCCCUGCUGUCGAGGAGAAAAAGGAAGAAGAUAAGGAAGAGACUGAUGAUGACAUAGGGUUCGGCUUGUUUGAUGAUUAGGCAGAUCUUCUUGUUUGGAAUUUUCUUUUCUUUUAUUCUUUCUUUUUUGUGAAAAAAAAGAUCUAUAGACAAUAAUUAGUUGAAUUUCAUUUACAUUUUAUGAGUUUACAUGAUGGAUCUUGCUUGGUUUAA